AUGAAUUUAAUACAAAAUACAAACAAUAAUAUUGAUAUUAGUAUUGAUAUUAAUAUUGAUAAUGAUAAAAAAGGAAGAAUGAAUACAACAACUACAACAACACAUAAACAUUCAAAUAGUUUCCAUUCUUCUUCAAAUAGUGAAUCUAAUUUGGAAUCUCCAAAAUUAUUAAAUGAUAAUAUAUCAACGCCAACUUCUAUUGAAGAUUACUCAACGACAAAUAAAUUGGCUUAUAAAAAUAACACAAAUAAUAAAGAUGAUACAAUAAUAAUAAAGAAAGAACAACAACAACAACAACAACAACAACAACAACAACAACAACAUAAUAAUAAAAUACUUGAUAGUGACCAUUUAUUGAUUCAUACAAAUUCAUAUAUUCAUGAUCCCAUCAAUGAUAGCAUAUUAUUAAAUAAAAAUGUAUCAAGAAGAACAUCAAAAUCAAGAAAAUCUAUUAAGCAUUUAUCAUCCUUUGAUUUUAGCAAUAAUAAUAAUACAAACAAUAAAAAUAACAAUAAUAAUAUUCCGUUUCAUGCUUCAAAGCAUUCUCAAAUUUUACCAUUAAGAACAAAUGUUAAUGUUAAUGAUGAUAAUGAUCAGAGUAUUCCAAAUAUACGGCAUUUAUCAAUAAAUUCAUUACCAACGGGAUCCAUAAAUUCAAAGAGAAAAAGUAGAAUAUUAAGAUUAAAGAAAGAUCAAGAUCAAGAUAAUAUACAAUAUCAACGUUCUAAUUCAAUCCCAAAUGAAUUAUUAUCAACAAAUUCUGAAGGUUCAAGUUUAGAUAAGAUUAGAAAUAAUGUUCGUGGUAGUAUUAAAAAGACAGAUAUUUCAAAGAAAGAAAUUAAUAAAAUGAGAAAGAUUUUAAGAAGAGACAGAAGAAUGAGAAGAAAAAGAAAAACUUUUUUAAUUGACGAUGAUCGUGUUCUAAUCGGUAAUAAAGUUAGUGAAGGCCAUGUGAAUUUCAUUAUUGCUUAUAAUAUGUUAACUGGAAUUAGAGUAGCUGUAUCAAGAUGUUCAGGUAUAAUGAAACCAUUAACUAUGUCAGAUUUCCAUUUUAAUAAGAAACUUGCAUUUGAUUAUCAUGGUAAUGAAUUGACUCCAUCAUCUCAAUAUGCAUUUAAAUUUAAGGAUUAUAGUCCCGAAGUCUUUAGAGAAUUAAGAUCUAUGUUUGGUUUGGAUCCUGCAGAUUAUUUGGUAUCUUUAACUUCAAAAUAUAUUUUAAGUGAAUUAAAUUCACCAGGGAAAAGUGGUUCUUUUUUUUAUUAUUCAAGAGAUUAUAAAUAUAUAAUUAAAACCAUUCAUCAUUCUGAGCAUAUUCAUCUUAGAAAACAUUUAAAGGAAUAUUAUGAUCAUAUUAAAAAAAAUCCCAAUACUUUGAUUUGUCAAUUUUAUGGUCUACAUAGAGUGAAAAUGCCAAUUUCAUUUCAAAAUAAAAUUAAACAUAGAAAAAUUUAUUUUAUUGUAAUGAAUAAUUUAUUCCCACCUCAUUUAGAUAUCCAUAGAACGUAUGAUUUGAAAGGAUCCACUUGGGGCAGAAGAACAAUAAUAGAUCAAAAACAAUUCCAACAAAAUGACAAUACUUAUAGACCAGUUCUAAAAGAUUUGAAUUGGUUAGAUUUAAAAGAGACUAUAAAAUUUGGACCUUUGAAGAAAACAAAGUUUUUGAAUCAAUUACAAAAUGAUAUUGUUUUAUUAACAAAAUUAAAUAUUAUGGAUUAUUCGUUAUUGAUUGGUAUUCAUGAUUUGAACAAAGAUGAAUUAAUAUCAGAUAAUGAAGACGAAUACGAAGAUAAUAAUGAAGAAGAAGAGAUACAGGUUGCAGUGGAUGCAAUUAUUCAAACCCAUAACAAUAUAGAACCACAUCAUGAUAAUGUUAGUAACAUAUCACCUUUGGAUGGUUCUGCUGCUUCUGAUGGAAUAAAUCUUAAUGAGAUUUUGAAAAGGCAUGAUGUAGAACAGUCAGUCAAGAAAAGACCAAUUCGAGGCUAUGAAGUGAGCACAGUGGUCUCCCAUUUUUUCAAAGAUUAUGAGGGUGGUAUAAGAUCUUCAGAUACAUUCAACCAAGAUGGCCAAUAUAUUUAUUAUAUUGGAUUGAUUGAUUGUUUGACGAAUUAUUCAAUUGUUAAAAAAUUGGAAACAUUUUGGAGAAGUUUGAACCAUAAUAGGAAAUUGGUCAGUGCUAUUCCUUCAAAGGAUUAUGGGGAGAGAUUGUAUGAGUUCGUGGAGAAUUCUUUAGAGACAAAAACUUCUUUUGAACCAUAUUUAGAUAAUCCCAAUGUAAGGAAUUAUAAAGAUUGUCCAUGA